AUGGCCGACCCUCUGUCAUUGGCAGCCAGCAUCGCUGGACUGCUAUCCCUAGCCGAUAUUACUUUCAAGUAUGUCUACAAGUUCGCCAAAGCCGCUAAGGACGCCAAGGACGAUGUACAGACUCUUUCUGAUCAGAUUAAUGACCUUGCUCGCGUGCUGCGUGUGCUUGAGGCACUCGCCGAGAGCCUAGAGGCCAACGGGGAGGGUUUCGACCCAGCCGUAAGAAAUCAUUACCUGGGACAUUGUCAGAAAACACUUGAAAAGGUCCAGAAAAGGAAGACGGUAAAGAGGAUCGAGAUCAACACCUUGGUUGAGGUGGACCGAAAGAAGCGGCGCAUCCUCGACUUCUUCAUGGCCAUUAAUCCACAGCCAAAUCUGCAAACCAGUGUCAAACUUCGACAUGCCUUGACAGGGCUGUGGCUGACUGAGUCUCCUGCCUUUGAGCAUUGGCUACAUACGCCUGGCUCCAAGCUCUGGCUGACUGGUAUACCGGGAGCUGGCAAGACGGUUCUUGCGGGCUCGGUCAUCCAGGAAGCACUAACACGCAGCCAUGAUGCUCCUGGGACGGGCGCCGCUUUCUUCUUCUGUGACUACAAGAAUCCGUCGACUUGGAAAACGACUAAAAUCCUCGGCGCUAUCGCUUCUCAGCUAGCCUGCCAGAAAGAAGAGGCCUUUGUCAUCCUUUGCGAGUACUAUGACGAACUUCAUCCACCCCAGGGUCUCCCAAGAACGCCUGACAGUGACGAGCUUCGGGCUAGGAUUAGCCAAAUGGCGAAACACUUUGGCCAGACACUUAUCGUCAUUGAUGGACUUGAUGAGUGCGGUGAUGAAACGGAAGACGUGGUUGAUAUGUUGCGCGAGGUGGCAGACUACUCUGAAAGGGUGUCAAUGGCCCUCUUCAGCCGUGACCACUUCAACAUCCGCUUUCGCCUGGACCAAGACUUUGAAGUCGUUCAUAUCGCCGCGCAUACCGAAGACGUACGGAUGUUUCGAUGGGUGGUCUGUCAGCUGGACUAUCUUUGCGACUGUGCCCAUGAUGAAGAGCGACGAGAAGCCCUGGAGAAGCUCCCUCCGGAUCUGCCCGAGAGCUACCGUCGACUACUCGAGAGGAUCAACAGAGCCUCUGAUACAGUCCAAUCCAUGGUUCACAUGUGUCUCAGCUUCAUUGCUUUUGCUGAGCCAGAUUUGACCAUCCUCCAGCUGCGCCAGGCGGUUUCGACACCUUCCACUCUGGGUGCAACUCUGACCGAGAGAAACAUGGAAUUUCUCGAAGACAGGGCGGCAUUGGGUGAUGGUCCUGGCAUUGACCGAUACUUGAUCUCGAAGCAGAGCUCCGACUUGUUUCUGGCUACCCAAUGCUUGAGAUUUUUACAGAUGAAAAACUUCGAAACGGAGAUCACAGAGGGCGAUAUGAAACAUUAUUUGAAUGAUGACGACCUGGUCCGAAUGAGGAACAAGCAUUAUCCCUUCUACCCGUACUCUGCCAUCUUCUGGGUGUCUCUCACACAAGAUGGACUCGACGACCCGACUUUGUUCAAUCUUGCGACUUCGCUUUUUCAUCCGUCCAAGACGCCUCAUUUCACAAGCUGGUCACACGAGCUUGUAAGCACGUUAAUGGGCUACGACGGGCGUAGCCCCAGGCUCGGCAGACGGUUCUUGAGACGGGUUCUCGGCGCUGGCUUUAGACCGCUUCACAUGGCGGCAGUGCUCAACAUUCCGGAGAUAUGCAGUUGCCUCGUCAGCCAAGGAGUCGCGGUUAACUCUCGAUGGGACAACAUCAGACCUAUCGACCUGGCGUUCUCUUCGGUAUUCGUUUUCGAUGAGGAUUUUGCCGGUUCUCUUGAGUUAUACAAUCUCCGUUCACUCACCGAUUUCCUUCCAGUGAGCAGACGGAGAAACCUAACUAUCGAGAGUCUCAUUCAACAAGGGGCCAGGCCAUCUAACGACCUUCUCGGUCCGAAGAGGUAUUCCAUCUCUGCGAUUACCGCUAAACUUGCAGUUUUCCUCGACGAUGUCACUCCAAUCUCCUACCUACUGUCUCUAGGGGUUUCGUCAAUGCUCUCACUCCUGAGGUACCUUGCUUCAGAAUCAGUCUGUGCCGAGAAGUGGGCGAAGGAGCUUGGCUCUGAAGUGUCUCGCUGGUGUGUGGACGCAAAGCUCUCAUUCUCUGAGCAUGACCACAUUUUUGACACUCGGCUGUUGACGGCCAGAGAUGCUUUACCGGUACGAAUGAUGCAGGCUGUUAUUGAUGACGACGUCGAAUUGGUCAAGCGUUACCUUGCUACCGGCGAAAUCGACGUAGUGGCAUGUCGCCACGAUGGUGGAUCACUACUACACCUAGCAGCCAGGAAUGACGCUUGCGACGUCUUCGAACUCCUUACCGCCGCUGGUUGUGAUCCUUACUGUGAGGAUGUAAAUGGUAGCUUGCCUAUUCAUGUACAUCACUCCAAGUCUGGCAUCCAGUUCUAUGAGACUUUGAAGAGUCUCGGCAUCUCUCUCUCAAACCCAGACUCAAAGGGAAUGACAGCCUGGCACCAUCUAGCCCAGGCCCGCGACAUUGACGAGUGGCUCUUUUGUAAACUAAUUCAACUCGAUCCUGAAGGUACAGCCCGUGCCCUUCGGACAAGGACGCUUGCUGGCGAGACGCUGCUCUCAAUCGUGUUGCGACCAAAGCCUCUCGACAUAUUCGAUCUCAAGGCAUGGGACUCUGUAGAAAUGGACGAGUCUGAUUAUGAUGAAGAAGAAGAGCCUGAUGAUGAUGAUGAUGAAGACUAUCAAUCAGAUGAAUCCGACACCACGAGAUCCAGAACACGAACGCCACUGCAUGAGCUAUCGAGCUCGAUGCCACUGCAGGGGGCACAGAUUCUACGGGACGCAUAUCGCUACUCAAUUGAGUACAGAUUUCAAGGCCAGUUACCAGUCGAGAUGUACAUGAUCAGAGUGCUGUGGGAGGAGCUGGCCCCAAACGUUGAGAUCAUCAAGAUCCUGACACCCCCAGGCGCGACCCGCAACCAAGAUGCUGAGGGCAAAACGCUCUGGGAAUCCUUCGGUCGUCUGCCAAGCCAGAUCAGCCCGAAAGGGCGUCAAAGGCUAUUGACAAAGCUGGUAGACAAAGUUGUGAUGACCAUGGUUGGACUCGGGUCGAUGCAAGUCUACGAGGAACGGAACCAAGUUUGUGGUAUCAAUUUGGUCCUUGAUAUGAUUUCCCGACAUGCACGGAAGAACAGGACUCAGUCAUAUUUUAUUGCCGUCAACACGGUUCGCGAGAUGUUGCGACAAACCCAGUACUGGGUAUCGGCCAGAGACUCAUCCUCGGUCCAUCGUUUCCUCAAGAUGGCCAUCCAUAAUGGCGACUUGGAGAUGACGCGACUCCUUCUCAAGCACGAAGUCAACGUCCAUCGGUGGACCGAUGGUACAUCGCCCAUCGAGGAAGCCUGCUGUCUCUCUUACCGUGACAAGACCAGAGACGAAAAACCCAUGUUGCAGCUUCUUGUCGACUACUGCAAAAGCGACAAACUCAAUCAUGUGUCCCCUAAAGAUAGUCUUGGACUCCUGCACAGACUCGUCCUGCGAUCAGGCAUCACCAAUACUGUCUGGCUGAUGGAAUCUCUCAUUCAACGAGGCGCUGACGUCAACGCUUUGACUGGCAAUGGACGAGGAAUGUCCGUCCUUGCUUUUCACUUGAAGAAGAAGUCUUUUCAGUGCGUCGAGUUACUCCUAAAGCAAGGAGCCGAUCCGUGCCUUGGAGGUCAACCCAAGUCUCCGACUGCCCUCUCCAUAGCGCUUGAAUCAGAUAAUGUGGAAUUUCUGAGGCAGGCACAGAAGUUGUCUAUUACUGACUGGGGGAAGUCGAUGGAUGUUGUUGUGCGAAAGUUCUGCCUCAAAGACGCGAACGCACUACACCUUGCCUCAGCCAAAGGUAGCCUAGCAUGUUUGAGGUUCCUUCUCAGUAACAAUCUCAUCAAGAUCGAAGAUUCCAGGUCAAGGGAGGGUUGGACUCCAUUGCAUGUCAGCGCUUAUAUGAGACUUGCCGAGAUAACAGAGCUUCUCAUCUCCAAAGGGUCCCAUGUCAUGGCGGAGAACGAACAUGGCCAGACACCCUUGCACCUGGCUGCCUAUGGAGCUUGCGUUUCUGUUGCGAAACUUUUGUGCAAAAAUGGAGCAUUCGAGUCAUUGAAUAACAUGGGAGAGCGUCCCAGAGAUUGUGCCCGUGGGAUGAAUUCGUCCGAAUUCGUCCAGUUCCUCGAGAAUUGGCAGGACGAGGUAGGGGGGGACAGGAGGCCAUCAUCUCGAAAACAAGAUAUGCGUCUUGCAGCAGCAAUCGGCCAGGCUAUUUCAGCCGGCGAUAAGAAAUACUGCCAGACCACGGUCACCAACGGCUGUCCGAUUGAUGUGACCGUGCCACGUAGUGGAGGGGCCACCCCCUUGAUGCUGGCGUUGAGGCUCAACAGGUGGGAGAUUGCAGAAUGGUUCCUGCAGAAGAAGAAAGCAAGUCCCUUGAAGUCGGCUCAAAACCCGGACUGGAGUACGACGAGCAUCAUCGAGACUGCGGCUGCAAAGCCAAACUUCAACCCGCUUCUGAGCGCUGUUGUUCAUCGUUACUACACCUGCGGUGGAGAUUUAGUCAGUGGCUCCGACUUUCCUCUUCAUCAUGCCGCGUGGCAUGGCAAUGCCAGAGGGAUUGAGAUUAUACUACAGGCAUGGGAGAAGCUUGAAAGUGCUUCUCAGCGGAGGCCGUACCCUGACUCGACUUAUCGGCAAGUCCUCCAAACCAUCGUGAAUCGCCAAAAACCAACAAUGUUUCUUUUUACACACGCUAGCGGUCACGGAAAUCAGCCUCGCAUGGUAACACCGCUGCAUGCCGCCUCGUGGCAAGGCAACAAAGUGGCUGCUUUAAUACUCGUUAAAUAUGGCGCGGAUGUCAACUGCGUUGACUGCAACGGCUGGACCCCCCUAAUUUAUGCGAGGACCGUCGACAUGGUAAAGCAUCUCAUUACUCUAGGUGCUUCGCUGGCCAUGGUCUGCAGAACCAAUCCCCUCCCUUGGUUGAUGUCUUUGUCUGGAACGGAGGAAUCGUGUCUCGGUCUCAUCCUCAAGCUGCCAAAGCAGUUGACGCUUAACCCACAUCAUCCAGUGAUUUAUGAGAAUAUAUUCGUUACUCCCCGCCGCCUCACCGCGCUGAAACAGUUGGGAUGCGACUUGACUCGGGAGGACGAGUGCGGCCGGAGUUUGAUGCACUGCAUCAUCUGCGAGCACGAGACAUCACAACUCGUGUUGGAAGGUAAAUAUGGACUGCUCCAAACAAGCCCGUUUCCCUGGCAUUUGGAUUGGCGAUCCCUUGGCAAGAUUGCCUUUCUCACCACGAGAUUC